UUGAGACGGCGCUCUACGUGUACUGAGUCUGCAAAUAUACUGAGAACCAGUAAUAACACCAAGCACAAAACCGAGAAUAUCAAGAAUACCAUAAGCAUAGCAAAUUUGACGCAUUCAUCAAGCAAACCAAGCAAGCAUUCACCAAGCAAACCAAGCAAGCAAUCACCAAGCAAACCAAGCAAGCAUUCACCAAGCAAACCAAGCAAGCAUUCACCAAGCACACCAAGCCAACACUCUCCAAGCACCCCAAGCAUAAGCAUUCAUCAAGCACAUCAAGCAGAAGGAUUUCACAAGCAAAGCACAAGCAUAUCAAGCAAGCGUAUCAAGAAAGAUAGUCAAGAGCGAAAGACGCCCGACUAUAUUAAUCGAAGAUUGAAUAAUUUAGAAGGGUAUUGGCAGGAAUUCCUGAAUAAUCAUGUUGAACUGUGCGCUUUUCCAGACAAGUCCCAUGCUUAUUUUACUAACAAUACGUAUGAAAAAACCAAGGCAAAUUAUGAGAAUAUAACAGCUACAAUAAAAGCGUACUUACCGAAGUCGGAACAUCAACCAAAACCUUCAACGCCCUUGAUAAAACCCACAACUCCGAUGGGUGCACCCUCAACUUCGGGAGCUCAACAUUCAUUUAGAACGGAGUCCCAGGGAACCAACAGCAAGACAGAUGAAUUAUUCAAGAAGCAAUCAAGCAACUUCAGAGCAUUUAAAAGGACAGUUUCUAACAUAAGUCUUGACGAUGUGACGGAGAAAUGGGAGCUGGAAGAUCUCCUCCGCUCUUUGCAGUUGCGAUGGUCAGCUAUCGACAGUCUGCACUGGGACAUCGACAGUGAAGUUCAAGGAGCCAACCAAGAAUGUGAGAGCACUUUUUCAUAUUAUGAACAACUAUAUAAUUCCACCAAACGAUCCAUCAACAGCAAGCUGUGGUCAGUGUCCCAUCGGGAAAAAUCAACCCCCCAGAUGGACAUACCUGUUUUUGUAGGAAAUUAUCAUCAGUGGACGUCAUUCAAGGACCUGUUCACUGAAACUAUCCAUAAUAACCCAUCAUUAUCAAACGCACAGAAAAUGCAAUUUCUUAAAGUUAAGGUGCAAGGCGAAGCAGCAAGGCUUUUGCAGCAUCUUCCGAUCAGCACUGAAAAGUAUAAUAUCUGCUGGGAAAUUCUUAACCACAGAUACAACAACAAGAAACUCAUUUUUACUUCGCACAUCAACAGCUUAUUGAAUAUUCCUGUCAUACAACAACAUCAAGCUAUCAACCAGAUCAAGCGACUUCAUGACACCACUCUGGAGACACUCAACGCUGUGAAAAACUUAGGUGUUGAUAUCAGUACGUGGAAUCCAUUGCUGGUGCACUUACUGUCACAAAAAUUGGACAAUGAAACAUUCAAUGAUUACAAUGAAUCCCUAGAACAACCACGUGAGUUACCGACGCUCAAAGAUUUUUUGGCAUUCCUGGAAGGAAAAUUUACUACGUUGGAAACAUCCCGUAGAAAACAAGAACCAACCACGCAAAAACCAUCAUCAAGUCAGGUCCCGGUGAAGCAUAAUAAAUCAAGAUACCAAGUAUUUUCCAACUACAAUGUUACAGAACCAACAAAUGCAAAAACAAGUAAUCAGUUUACAAUCACGUGCCCGCUCUGUAACAAUGGCCAUGGAAUAUAUUUUUGCCAAAAACUUAUAGCAAUGACGCCGCAGCAGAGACGCAGUACCAUAUCAAGAUUACGGCUGUGCUCAAACUGCCUAAACCAUCACCAAGGAAAGUGUAUUUCUAAGAAUCGCUGCCGCGAAUGCCAAGGUCAGCACAACACAAUAUUGCACGAAGCAUUCGUAACAUCUAAAAACAUGAAACAACCUAGCACAUCAAGAACGCAGCGCGACGUGCCAGAGAUACUGCUCGCUACAGCUAUUGUUCAAGUUCAAGCUAACAAUGGCUCUUACUACAAGCUCCGAGCACUCCUGGACCAAGGAUCCCAGACCUCAAUUAUCACGGAGAAAGCAGCUCAACUUCUAUCACUACCUAGAAGUCAGUGUAGCAUAAAGGAAAACAAUUGUAAAGGCGUGAUUAAGUUAACAAUCAAGUCCAAUAAUAGCGACUUCACACUUAAUACCGAAGCUCUCAUAAUGAAAACUCUGAUCAAUACUUUACCAAACUACACCUUGGACAAGCCGUCAUGGUCAUUCCUAGAAAAUAUACAGUUAGCAGAUCCAGAAUUCUACAAAAGUCGGCGUGUAGAUAUACUUCUGGGAGCAGAAGUAUACUCAAACAUCAUCUUAGACGGAAUUUGCAGAGAAAACAAACAACAAACGCGAUUUGGUUGGAUAUUAAGUGGAAGCGCUAAUCAGGUUACUUUACAGUGCAAUGUUUUUCUGAAUAAUAUACAAAACAUCCAACAGUUUUGGGAGAUCGAGGACAUUACUCAAGAGUCUACUCUCACAUCAGAAGAUCAAGCAUGCAUUGAUUUGUAUAAAUCAACAACCACAAGACGCGAGGAUGGAAGAUACCAAGUGAAACUUCCCCUUAAGUCAAACAUUGAACAAUACUUGGGCACAUCGAAACAAAAAGCAAUUGCGCAAUUCAAACAAUUGGAACGACGAUUCACAAAACAAAAUAAUACCGCAGAACAUUAUAAAUUAUUUAUUCAAGAAUACUUAUCAUUGGGUCAUAUGAAACCGGCUACCGGUAACAAGAAACCGGACUUUUAUAUGCCGCACCAUUGUGUCGAGCACCCGGAGUCAACAACUACAAAAAUCAGGGUUGUAUUCAAUGCCUCGGCAAAAACUUCGACAGGGUUGAGCCUUAAUGAUCUUAUGCACAGGGGCCCAAAUCUACAACAAGAUCUCCAAAAAUUAAUUUUGGAGUGGCGUCAAUACAAAUUUGCAUACACAGCUGAUAUAGAAAAAAAGUUUCGCCAAAUUUGGCUGAAAGAAGGACACCAACAAUACCAAAAAAUAAUAUGGCGAGAUGACCCAGAAGAACCAUUGCAGGAAUACCAACUCACUACAGUCACAUAUGGCACCAAGACCGCGCCAUAUUUGGCAAUGAUGACACUGAAGCAGUUGGCAGAUGAUAAAGAAAAAUACUACACCAAGACUCAAGCAGCUUCAGUUUUACGGAAUAGCCUGUAUAUGGAUGAUGUAAUCCAUGGCUGUCAUUGCGCUGACCUUGGAAAAAGGUUGAAGGACGACCUCAUCAAGCUAUUAAAAGCAGGUGGCUUUAAUCUCAGGAAGUGGUCAUCCAAUAUUCCAGAAUUAUGUGAAAAUAAGAUUCCUUCACUUUCCAACCCAAAAUUGAAGCUCGUCAGACAAGCGACACCAAGAGAAGCUUAUUAUCUGACAUAUCAACCCUUUGGGACCCUCUGGGCUGGAUUUCACCAUUGA